AUGUUAAGGGCAAAGCAACUGGGGACUCUUUCCCAGUGCGCAAGGACCUUUAUCGUUAGUGGCUCAAGAUGUGGAAGUGCAGAUGGUGCAUGUACUUGCGCAGAAGAUGAAUACAAUAGUUCAGGCAGACAGUCAAGAAGCACGAGGUUUCUUCAUGGUAAAAAUAAAUCAAUUCUGGUGUCCGAUGUUACCCAAGGAUCAGGAUCUCCAAAGUUGAAAGGCGCAAUUGAAGCUGUUAGCCAUCAUCUUAGUGAGAAUGUUGGUUACCCAGUUUCAGUUUCCCCUGUUCUAUCUCCUAGAGCUUCUUUCAGGGCAGAGAAUCUAAACUAUAAAAGAGGUGGUAAACAUAAGAGUAAUGACCCACAUAAAGGUCCUGUUCAGACGUCCAAGGUACCUACUGAGCAGCUAGUCGAGGCAAGUGUUGCAACUGUGGGCUUAUCUGGGAUUGUGAACCAGGAUAUUCCAACAAAAAACUGUCCUGGUCUUCUCCAAAGCCAAAGCUGUACAGUUGAUACUACCAGCGCCCCCUCCAGCAGGAAAUCUUCCAGUUGGAAGCACCAUAGAAAUACCAGCAUCAACAAAGCUCGGUCAAACUCUGUUAGAUUAGGAGCAUCAAAGUCAUGUUCUUCUGUUGAUUACAAUGGCCCCAAGCUUGAAGCUAAAUCUGAUGUCGCAAAGGCUGGUCAAACUGUUUCAAUGAUAACUCCUGGAAUUUCAGCUCAAUCUGGUAGGUCAUGCACGGUCACUCAGGAUCGAAGGCAGCAAGGGACAAGAUCUUACCAUCAAAUCUCUUUGGAUAAAAAUCCUUCUGCGGGAAUUUUGGAAGUGAAAUCAGACAUGAUUGAGACGUUUAAGACCGUGAAUAAAAGGCAGAACCAUGCUCAACCGGUGAAGGUGAAAGGAGAGAGAUGUGCAAUUGGGCUUUACCGUCAUACAUUGCGACAGUUAAAAUGGGGCCCUGCUGCAGAAGAGACAUUACAUAAAAUCUGCUAUAAGUUGGAUCCCUUUCAGGCAAACCAAGUUUUGAAGCUCAUCAAUGACCACACUGUUGCCUUUGGCUUUUUCAACUGGUUAAAGCAGCAGCCAGGUUUCAAGCAUGACAACCAUACAUACACCACUAUGGUUGGCAUCCUCGGACGAGCUAGGCAAUUCGGUGCUAUCGGGGAACUUCUAGAGGAAAUGGUGAGGAGCGGCUGUGAGCCAAACGUUGUGACAUAUAAUCGUUUAAUUCAUGGCUAUGGACAAGCAAACUAUAUAGACGAGGCAAUCAAUGUGUUCCAUCAGAUGCAAGAAGCAGGCUGCAAUCCUGACCGAGUUACUUACUGUACUCUGAUCGAUAUCCAUGCGAAAGCUGGGUAUCUAAAGGAGGCGAUGGAUUUAUACCGGAAUAUGCAGCAGGCGGGACUUACUCCAGAUACCUUCACGUACAGUGUGAUGAUCAAUUGCCUUGGGAAAGCCGGCCAUCUCUCUCUUGCUGAUAAACUAUUUGGUGAGAUGGUUAGACAGGGCUGUGUUCCGAAUCUGGUCACAUAUAACAUCAUGAUUGCUCUCCACGCAAAGGCCCGUAAUCAUCCCAGUGCACUGAAACUUUAUCGAAGCAUGCGGGCUGCAGGUUUCCGGCCCGAUAAGAUAACGUACUGUAUUGUGAUGGAGAUUCUUGGUCAUUGCGGGCACCUUGGCGAAGCGGAGGCCUUGUUUAUGGAGAUGAAACAGGAUUUUGUUCCCGAUGAGCCUGCAUAUGGUCUAUUGGUGGACAUGUGCGGCAAGGCCGGAGAUGCGGACAAGGCCUGGGCCUGGUACCAGUCAAUGCUUAGUGCCGGCCUGCGGCCCAAUGUUCCAACAUGCAAUUCUCUGCUCAGUGCGUUUCUGAGAGCAUGCAGAUUCUCCGAGGCUCGUGAUGUUCUCCAAAGCAUGCUGGAAUUGGGGCUUGACCCCUCCCUUCAGACCUACACUCUUCUGCUCAGCUGCUGCAUGGAGACAAAGUCUCAUAAGACGCACUGCUGUGAGCUGAUGGCCAUUACCGGCCACCCUGCCCAUAGAUUCCUUCUCUCGCUGCCAUCAGCUGAACCAGGCGGGCAGAAUGUGAGGGACCAUGCCAGCGCCUUCCUGGACAUAAUGCACAGCGAGGACAGGGAGAGCAAGCGAGGACUUGUGGACUCUGUUGUUGACUUUCUUCAUAAGUCUGGUCUCAAGGAGGAGGCUGGUUCUGUGUGGGAGGCGGCUGUGAAGAGGAAUGUUUACCCGGAUGUAGUAAGGGAGAAGAGAUCCUCUUAUUGGCUCAUAAACCUCCAUGUGAUGUCCGACGGGACGGCAAUCAUAGCAUUGUCAAGGACAAUGGCCUGGUUCCGCAGCCAGAUGCUGGCCUCCGGUGUUGGACCCAGACGAAUCGACAUCAUAACAGGUUGGGGGAGGAGAAGCCGGGUCACCGGGGCUUCUCUGGUCAGGCAGUCGGUAUGGGAACUGCUUCAUCUGUUCAGGUUCCCCUUCUCCACUGAGAAUGGGAAUUCUGGGUGUUUUGUAGGGUGCGGUGAAGCCCUCGAGAGCUGGUUACUCAACUCCUAUGUGGAGAGGAUGCAUUUACUUUAG